AUGUUUGUACCCGGACCGAGUCACUUCAACCCUUCGUAUCUUUUUCAUUUAGCUCUGAUCAUCUGCACGUUCAUCUUCUUGGGUACUCUUAUUCCUGAAUGUUGUAAGAAGAAGAUUAAUUCCAAGAAAUCAACACAAAAGGUCUUUCCCACAGAUACGAAUGUUGCUAAAAACAGUAAAAUAGACAGUGGAGAUGUCUUGGAGUCCAAAGAAAAAGAUAAAACUAAUCCAUCUAAAGAACAGGUAAUUUACAAACGGGGUACUGUAAUUCUGAUGACUAUUUCAGACAAAACGAGAAGAAUCGAAGAGCACGACCAAAAAUAUAGACAAGGAAGACAACAAGAAAAGUGCCAAGCUUGAGGUGUCUGCGGCAAGAAACGAGGAUGUAAAGUUUUAAUAAUUUUUAUUAUUAUAUCCGAUUAAGCAAUUUAUUAAUCCAAGUCCAUAUGAAUUAUUAGACUUUUUAACACCGAUUGAUAUCAACAAAUCGUACUUUCAGGAUUCUUGCAAGGCUGAUCCUCAACAUUCUGAUCCCGUAAUUGAGGACAAAAUGUCGAACAAGUCAGAAGCCAAACAGCCCCAGAGUCAGGACCAGGCCGAUCCAUCCAAUAACCCGUGA